CCAGGGAGUAGUGGUAAACGUCCUGAAUCCCUCAUCUGUUGCUUGUGAUAAACCCAGUACCAGUGAGCUGUUUCUCUUCUCUCUACGAUCUACCAAGUGGGCAAAAGCCUGGGAAUGUAAAUAGAGAUGCACAUAAUGUCAGGGAAGGGCUGUGUAUGUGCCUGUGUGUUGUUUUUAUGUUAUAUUUCAUAUAAUUUAAAAAACUAGUCCAGUGGGACCAGUAUCAUCUAGGACUGGAGGUCGGAAGUUGAGGGUGUAGGGAGUAGGGGCAGAUUCUGACUGAGCAACUCUAAUAUAGGUUUUAUUAACAUGACCAUGGCUGGAGCUUGGGUUAUUGCACCCAAACCCUUUGCUUCUAGGUUUCUGACCUCUGCUUCUCUUCUCUGCAUCUGAGUCCAGCCCCAUGGGAGAGACAAACCAGUCAAGUCACUCUGAGUUCCUCCUCCUGGGGCUCUCCAGGCAGCCCUAGCAGCAGCAGCUCCUCUUUGUGCUCUUCCUGAGCAUGUACCUGGCCACAGUCUUGGGAAACCUGCUCAUCCUCUUGGCCAUCGGCACAGACUCCCGCUUGCACAUCCCCAUGUCCUUCUUCCUCUGCAACCUGUCCUUUGUGGAUAUCUGCUUCUCCUCCACCACUGUCCCCAAGAUGCUGGCCAACCACAUACUCAGGAAGCAGACCAUCCCCUUCCCUAGGUGUCUCACACAGAUGUAUUUUGUUUUCACGUUCAGGUACAUGGACAAUUUCCUCUUGGCUGUGAUGGCCUAUGACUGCUUUGUUGCUGUAUGCCACCCCUUACACUACUAAGCAAAGAUGACCCACCAGCUCUGUGCCCUGCUGGUCACUGGAUCGUGGGUCAUUGCCAACCUGGAUAUGCUGUUGCAUACCCUGCUGAUGGCUGACUCAUUCUGUGCACACAGUGCCGUCCUCCCCUUCUUCUGUGAUGUGACCACCCUCCUGAAACUCUCCUGCUCUGAUACACGCCUCGGUGAGGUGAUGAUUCCAAUUGAAGCACGGCCAAUAAUGAGCACCCCAUUUGUUUGCAUCCUGGUAUCAUAUAUCCUUAUCACCUGUGCUGUCCUCAGAAUCCAAUCCACAGGAAGAUGGAAAGCCUUCUCCACCUGUGGCUCCCACCUGGCUAUGGUUUUCCUCUUCUAUGGCACCAUCAUAUUUCUGUAUUUCAACCCUUUAUCCUCCCACUCAGCUGAGAUAGACAUAGCAGCAGCUGUGAUGUUCUCUGUGGUGACUCCCAUGCUGAACCCCUUCAUCUACAGCCUGAGAAACCAGGACAUAAAAGAGGCUCUUAGAAGGGUGGUUGCUAUUAUUUUUUUUCUAUUCAGUAAUGAAAUAGGCUAAGAAAAUCAUGGAGGGAACUAAUUUAUAAGAAAAUCAUGUUUUUGUUUUUUUGAUUAUGCAAAAGUUAACAUUUGUCUUUUGUAAGAGAAUCAUCUACUAUCUGUCUUGGGAGGACAAAACUUGGUACAGUCUCUUCAGAUUAAAGAUGGAAAGAGAGAUUCUUGUACCCAAUAACUUGACUAUUCCAACCGUCAGUGCCCUCC